CAGAUAUGGAAGCGCUCAGACGUGCGCAAUGUGUCGACUGAAGCACUAGAGAACUGCAACGACGAGUCUAUGUCGCACGUAUCAUCUGCGGCACACCCACUUACACACAUACCACAAGCACCUGGGGGGGCUACUACGGAGGUAGGUAGCUCGCAUCCUAAAAAGAAAAGGGGCCAGAGUAAAAGCCAGCAGAUGGAGAUGGCGAAGGAUAUGGAUACCAGUGCCGCUUUGAAGAGAAUGGAGGAGAGACUAAGUGUGCACGACAAGAAGUUUGAAGCACAUGACUUGGCCUUGGACGAAUUAAAGUCGCGUGUAGCACAGUUGGAGUUCUUAACGAAGCUGCUCUGGAUCGCCAUGGCCGCCAUGGUACUCUUAAGCGUAGUCUCUACCCUUUCCAGUGUAUUUGUAACCGUUCAGUUUGGUCUUAAGGCACUGUCCUAUCUAUUCAUGCCACUAGUUUUAACCUUCUUAGCUGCCUUGGCCUGUAUGUCGUAUCUUGGGUUUGAUGUCUGGGCUAUAGCCAAGCAAGUGAUUGAUUGGAAUAUAUGGUUCUUCAGUGGGGAGGGUAUGAUAUAUGGGGCAGCCCUUAUCUUCCUGUGUGUGGCCGGGAUUCUCUGGCUCGGGUCCAGAACCGCUCCAAAUAAGGCCGGCGGUGGUGUCGUCGCGUCAAAUAAGCACAAGUAUGUGGUAGUGAGUGAUGACGGUGCCAGGGCGCUGGCGGUAGCACUACACAGAAUGGGGGAGAUCGCUCGUGACGAGACUGUGCGGGAUGCAAAGUCGAGCCCAGUGGGGGAUGUCGAGGGCGAUAUAAGGAUGGUUCAAGCACAGACACGCCCCACGAAGGGUGGCUACAAGCAUACACACAUAUCCGAAGGCACGGCUGAGCACGGAGAGGAGAAAGGGACCUAUAGCGCAAACAAGCCGUCAGGGGUGGCUGAGGUAGGCGCCAGGAGUCUGCAGUCGCACAGGAGUGUUCAGGAGAUGAGACACAGGGAUACUGGGGUGGCACGUUUGUCAGCGGAUGCGUACGCACAACGCACGGAUACGCAUGCGCACACAGCACAGGAUGCAAGUACAUACAGAGACACGGACGGGGCGGACUAUACAGGUGAUGGCAAGGGAGGGUCGUGAUAAGUCAGAUUUUAACACCGUACUAAAACACCGAUAGAAGAGAGAAGCACGUAUAUGGGCACAUGCGUACACGUGUGAUGAUGUGCAUGCCUUAUUGUCUGAAGUUGCCUGUAGUGAUAGCAUUCGACAGGUAAACUGAUGAAGCCACCCACAUAGGCGAUGGCAGGGGAGAGUCGUAAUAGGCCAGCAUUGUAUAUAGCGCAUGGAUAUAGCGCGCAUACACAGAGCAAAGUAUCGUACUCUGGUGAAUGCAUACACAUGUGGUGAUGACUAUGUCUUACUGACUGUUAGAGCUACCGGUAGUGCCAAUGCACGAGCCUGAUCAUCUACAAUUGUGAUACUUGAACAUCGAUGCACGAGAGAAUAUGUGCACAUCGAGCUACUGCGUACCAGUCAACGCGAUUCCGCUCUUGCACCGGAUUUCUUGACUAUGUGUCGAUAAAAAGUCCGAUAUAAGAUAAUAAAAUCAACUUAGGCGUACACCUCUGUAUAGGCAG